AAUGAAGGAAAAUAACAGUAUAUUAAGGUUAUCGAGUACACUGGCCGGGCACCACACAGUCAGGCUCAGUAAACUUAUAACUCUAAAUAAUUUGACAAAUACUUAGGUUAAUCUAAAACUCUACUAUCAAUAUGCAGAGGGAGGAAAGGGCUCUGGAUGUUGCCUUGGAUGUUAUCCUGCAACGUGUUGUUGACAUCAAAGGUUCGUUACAAGAACUGCUGGUCAAGAUGGAGCGAGAGGGUGAGCAAGUUGAUUGGCCAUCAUACCUCAACUCUUUCUCGGUCAUAUCUGCACAGAUAUACACCCUCAUGAAACUGCUAAAGAAUGAUAAAACGCCCAUCCUGCGAAAUUUCCUCACACUCCCGCUCCAGUUGAAUGCUGAAUCUGAUGAAAAAUUGCUCUUGGCCACUGAAGGCAGAGUUCCAUCCUUCAGUCAUGACUUUGUCCCUAACAUGCUGAGGACAAAGCCAGAGCCAGAUGUAGAACAGAGGCAUUUAGCCUUGGAAGCCAAGAUGGCACAAGCCAAUGCAGACACUGCCCUGAAACAAAUCAACGUUCACAAUAAGGUUGUGAAACAUGUCAUGGACUUGGUAAAUACAGCUCGGGAAGAAUGGGAGACAGAGACAGCCUCUCGAACCAACCAACCUCAGACGUGUUCUGUCAACGAAACACAUGCUCUGAUAGCAGCCUUGGGUACAGGCAAAGGCUUCAAAAUACGAACUCAGCCACCGGGACCGUCGCCAACAAUGCCACAACAACCACCUCCUCAGAUAACUACAACAAGCAAAGCAGUUAGUGCAGUCAAGACAAACAUUAAGGCAGCAAACACGAUACAUCCUUAUAAUCGAUAAUAAUUAGUCCAUUAAGAUGGAAUGCUAAAUAUAUAUAGGUUUGGAGUUUGUCUUGGAAAGGAUAUACAGUACAAUACUGUAUCACAUUGCUUCAUCCACCUCCCUUCCUUCCUCUAAACCAUUGUCUUGCCAAAUUCCCAAGUUGUGAAUCAUAUUCUUGGGUAUCUUUUUACAUAUUCAUUUUUUCUAAUUGUGACCAAGUCCCAGGUUGCUGAUUGACAUUCUGCCACAUUUACAGGGGCUCAAUUGUUUAUCUUACUUUGACAACAUAACUAACAUUUAUCAUUUCUCAAUCUUGAUCUUUUUGUUUUCAUUUUUAUAAAAUAUGGUUCUUUAUUUAUAUUUUAUUUUUUAUCUAUUUUUUUAUUCAUCUGUAUUAUUAUUAUUAUUAAUUUAUUAU